ACUCGAGUCACUUGAGGCUCGAGUCACUCGAGACAGCAAGACAGCAAGCCUCGGGAGUGACGAAGCAUGCAUACCCAUUUUUAUUGCUGAUAAAUUUUAGCAAAAGGACACCAUAGCUGGCAAGGUUCCGAACAAGCGCCAAACUUGAUUUGCGACGUACUCGUACGUCCGUGGCCUCGCUUUUGCGAAUUGCGGGACUUAGCAGCGAACCUCGUUGUUGAAUCAGCGACAUACAGCGGCUUCAGAUUCGUUUAUUCCAUAAGUCGAUCGUAGCGAGAACGACUUGCCGAUGAAGCAGGCUUUCUACCAACCUCAGGCUGUGCUCCGCCAUUAUACCGACUCGAAUCCGUUUUCAUCCGCAAACCAAGGAUCUUGCGGAGGAAUGGACAAUGCAGCAUAUCAUUCGAGUCACACGCGCGAACCCCAGCCGGGGUGGAUGCCAGCUAUUCCCACCGGAGGAACGGGUAGCGGCGUCGGAUUUGGUAGCGCGACAAUCGGAUCAGCUAGUAGCGCAGCAGCAGUGCUGGCCAUGCAGCAUUCGGCGACCGUCCCUUUCCACGUACCGAAUAGGCCAGCAGGUGCAUGGCCUCAGGCAGCAGACAUGUCCGUUCCUUACUCCCAAGCCUACUCCGCUUCUAUUGCGAAUGCAGCUCGCCCUGCUGCUUCGUCGAACCCGCACAUGCAGCCGUACCUACAACCGCCGCUGAAAAAGCACUGUCUUCCCUCUCAGCCGCCACUCGUGCAGUUCGAACAGCAGCAGCAGCAACAGCAGCAGCAAGCGCAACAGCAAGCGCAGCAGCAAGCGCAGCAGCAAGCGCAGCAGCAAGCGCAGCAGCAGGCAUUUCAGUUCCAGCAGCAACAUCAACCGCACCAACAGCAUACAAUGCCGUACCAGCAGCAGCAGCAGCAGCAGCAGCAGCAGCAGCAGCAGCAGCAGCAGCAGCAGCAGCAGCAGCAGCAGCAGCAGCAGCAGCAGAAGCAGCAGCAGCAGCAGCAGCAGCAGCACCUCAGCUUUCAUCAUCAUCACCAGCAGCAGCAAGCGCAGUGCCACAGCGUGCAGCAGAUGCAGCAACAGCAGAAUCACCAGCAACAGCAGCAGCAGCAGCAGCAGACGAGCACACGAAUCCAGCAGUCACAUCAGAAGCAGCAACCAUCGUGCAGAUUCGACAACUCCCUCGGGCUGCUGACGAAGAAGUUCAUUGAUCUGAUCAACGCCACCCAGGACUGCUCAGUCGAUCUCAACGUCGCUGCCGCCACUCUCUGCGUGCAGAAGCGGCGCAUCUACGACAUCACCAACGUGCUGGAGGGCAUCGGGCUGAUUGAGAAGAAGGGCAAGAACAUUGUGAAAUGGGCAGGGACGAACUUGCAAGGCGAGGGAGCAGCGCGCAUGCAACAAGACGUGAAUGCUGCCCAGGCGCAGCUGGACGAGUUGAGGGAUCAAGACGGGCAGCUGGACAACGACAUCAGGGAUAUGCAGGAGCGGCUAUGGGUGUCGAGCAACGAUGAGGAGAAGAAGCAAUGGAUGUUCGUGACCGAGGAUGACAUCAAGGGGCUGCCCUGCUUCCAGAACGAGACACUCAUCGCCAUCCGAGCUCCCCACGGCACCAUGCUGGAAGUCCCCGACCCUGAAGACGCAGGCAGGGCGCACAGUGCGUCCCCACCAUCCAGCAAGCGCUAUCAGAUCCUACUGCGCAGCUCAAAUGGCCCCAUUGACGUCUACCUGGUCAGCCGGUUUGAGGAGAAGUUUGAUGGUGCCGCCGACCAUGCGUCUCCUGCCACUCCUGCUGCAACUGAGACGAAGACUGAGAAAGUCAAGGGUGCAGAGGAAACAAGACCAGUAGCAGCAGCAACAACAGCAGCGAAUUCUGGAGAAGCAGCAGCAGUAGCAGGAGGAGGAGGAGGAGGAGGAGGAGGAGGAGGAGGAGGAGGAGGAGGAGGAGGAGGAGGAGGAGGAGGAGGAGGAGGAGGAGGAGGAGGAGGAGGAGGAGGAGGAGGAGGAGGGGAAGGAGAAGGAUGGGGAGGAGAAGGAGGAGAGGAGGAGGGAGCAGUUACGGGAGCAGGGACAGGAAUAGACUCAAGCUCUGGGGCUUGGGGCUGUGGAGGGGGGACGGGGGUUGACGCUGGGGGAGGUAUGGGUAUGGGAGAUGGUGAAGGGGACAUGUGGAUGGCAGAGGAUGUUGGCGGACCAAUGAGAGUUGUUCCUGCCGAGCCAGUGGAUUAUUGGCUUUUGUCAGACAGCCACUUGGGCUUGACUGACAUUUGGCGGACUGAUCCUCGAUAAUCACAAUGCUUACAAGUCGAACAUAUUGAGAAGAUUUACCUUGCAAGUUCUUAGGUGUUUGAAGUGUUUGCAGGUGUUGUAAUAUUGCGCACGACGGCAACAACGAAGCAUAAAGUUUUG